AUAAUUCUCCGAAGCGGUAGUAGAUUAUUGUUUACCAUUUUGUGUACCGUUAGAUUAUUGUUAUUGUUUCGUCUGCAAAGCAGAGCACCUCGAAAAAGCAUUUCCAGAAUCAAUCCCUCAGCUGGCGUAACUCCCACAAGAUGACCUCUUCGUCGGACACCAAAAAAGACCUAAAACCGGUCAAAACCAAGCUCCGCCUCAAAAAGGACGACAUUCGCCAGUGUCGCCUCUGUAUGCGGGUUCUUCCUCGGACGGACAUACGAGAUGCGACGGCAAAUGGAUCGGAUCUCCGCCGGAAGAUCCUGGACGCCGUAUCGGUGAAAAUAACAUCCUACGAUAAAGUAACAUCGGUAUGCAUCAACUGUAUAACGGUGGUCGAUACAAUCUACAACUUCCGGUCGUCAUGCCGCAAAGCGGACACUCUCCACGGAACGAGACUGCUGAUGAUGCAUCCCGGCAGAUGGCUGAGCGACGAGAACAAGUCGACGCUGGAAGCGUGCCACAAGUUGAUCAAGCGAAACCGAGCCGAAAUGGAUGCACUGUUCAAGUGUUCCGGCUUGGACGAUGGAAACGUGAAUCAGUUAAUGCAAGCAAAAACGCAAGAGGUGUUGCUGGAAACGAAAGAUGAAUCUGGAAAAAAGACUGAGGAUGUCAGUGAUAGUGACCCAGAAAUGAGCGAACAAUGCGGCAAGAAGCUAGAUGAAGAGGUGGAAAAGGCAGCACCGAUUGUACGGAGGAGGUUUGUUCCUGUCAGAAACAAAGCGCAAAUGUGCGAGAUUUGCGGGGAGCUGGUACCCAUGGCCAAACUAGAGGACCACACGAAUCGGCAUUUGGAUGAUAAGCCGUACCAUUGCUCCGAGGAGGGUUGUGGGAAAACUUUUUUCUCGUUGACAACGAAAAAUUCUCACAUAAGAACGGUACACUCGGAGAAGAAACACAAGUGGUACAGCUGUCCACUUUGUUCGAAAAAACUACGUGGAAUUGCUGUGCUGAGGAAACACAUGUACAUCCACAAAGAUAAUCGAUCUAAUCCACACAAGGUGGCCUGCAGUAUCUGCGGGAAAGGUUUCUACAAAUGCUACAUCAAAGACCAUAUGGCGGUUCACACGGGCGAGCUACCCUACGGUUGUGAGUUUUGCGACCGACGGUUUGCUGCAAAGCAGAACAUUAACAACCACCGGAAAAAGUAUCAUUCGAAUGAGUUAAACCAACAGAUGAGUUAAGCUUUUCAAGCUAGUGAGAUCCUUAUCAGAUGGUGGCACUUACAACUGCUUAUUUAUAGCUGAGCGUGAUAUGGAUGUACAAACAACGAGCCAGAAAUUAAGGGUUGCUACUCUAGGUAGUAUCUACCUAUUUCGUCACGAAAAAAGCGCUGUCCUUUGAAACAAAAUAGCUUUUGAUUAUAAGGUAAAAUAAGAGGUAAUUUUGAGUAGCUCUUAAUCAACUUGUGAUGCUCAAAAUGAAAUACACAUAGCAACUAGACUGUUCUGGGAUACAAAUUGUCCACGUUUCGAUUGCGUAUCGACACUUCUCUGACAUGAUCGACGUCAGAACCUAUAGUGGCGAUUACAUCGACCAAAAUUGCCCUUAAUCUUUAGCGACUCAAACAUGAUGGUUGGCCGAUGAAGUUAGUUGAAGUCGAAAAAACCCCUUUAGAAGGCUGCUGAAGUACUUUCAAAGCAAUAAUUACAUUAACAAGACGCAGUAAGAGGGAGCACAUUCAUCCAGGAGAGGAAUUCCCAUAGACCAUCAUUGAAACACACAAUAAUAGGACCAUACAGCCAUAACUGGUUCACCUACCCUAUCGU